AUGACCAUGAACACGCUGAACCAGCAGUAUGAGGAGAAAGUGCGUCCGUGCAUUGACUUGAUCGACUCCCUCCGCUCCCUGGGGGUGGAGAAGGACCUGGCGCUCCCUGCCAUCGCCGUGAUCGGGGACCAGAGCUCGGGGAAGAGCUCCGUGCUGGAGGCGCUGUCAGGGGUGUCUCUGCCCAGAGGAAGCGGCAUUGUUACAAGAUGUCCACUCGAACUGAAGAUGAAGAGAAGGAAAGAAGGGCAAGACUGGUAUGGAAAGAUAAGUUUCCAAGACACCGAGGAGGAGAUAGAUGACCCUGCCGUUGUGGAGAGAAAGAUUAGGGAAGCCCAGGACGAAAUGGCUGGAGUUGGCUUGGGAAUCAGCGAUGACCUCAUCAGCCUGGAGAUUGCUUCCCCCGACGUUCCAGACCUGACUCUUAUUGACCUCCCUGGCAUUGCCAGGGUGGCUGUAAAGGGGCAGCCAGAGAACAUUGGGGAUCAGAUAAAGCGUCUGAUCCAGAAGUUCAUCACAAAACAAGAAACCAUCAGCUUGGUGGUGGUGCCAUCCAACGUGGACAUAGCCACCACGGAGGCUUUGAAGAUGGCACAGCAGGUGGAUCCUGACGGAGAGAGGACUCUGGGUAUCCUGACCAAACCCGACCUGGUGGACAAGGGCACAGAAGAAGGUGUGGUUGAAGUCGUCCACAAUGAAGUCAUCCAGCUGAACAAGGGCUACAUGAUAGUCAAGUGCAGAGGUCAGAAGGAGAUCACAGAGAAGGUCUCUCUUUCUGAAGCAAUGGAGAGAGAGAAAGACUUCUUCAAAAAUCAUGCACAUUUCAACACCCUUUACAACGAAGGCCUGGCUACCGUUCCUAAACUGGCUGAAAAACUCACGCUGGAGCUGGUGCAUCACAUUGAGAAAUCUCUGCCCAGACUGGAGGAGCAGAUAGAGCAAAAACUGAAACAGACCCAGGCGGAGCUUGACCGCUAUGGCACUGGACCUCCAUCUGACCCAGGAGAGAGGCUUAUGUUCCUCAUUGACAAAGUGACCGCGUUCACUCAAGAUGCCAUCAGUCUGACUACAGGGGAGGAACUGAAGUGUGGAGAGAGAUUCAAUGUGUUUUCUAUGCUCAGGAGAGAGUUUGGGAAAUGGAAGGUUCACCUUGAUGUAUCUGGACAGAAAUUUAACAGGAAUAUUGAAAGGGAGGUAGAGGAGUAUGAAGACAAGUACCGUGGAAGAGAACUACCAGGCUUUAUCAACUACAAAACCUUUGAAGUGAUGGUUAAGGAGCAGAUCAGAGAGCUGGAAGAACCAGCUAUCAUGAAACUGAAGGACAUUGGAGAUGCUGCUAAGAAGGUCUUCAUACAGCUGGCUCAAGUGAGCUUUGCAGGAUUUCCCAACCUCAUGAAAACUGCCAAGGCAAAGAUUGAAGCCAUCAAGCAUGAAAAAGAGUUGUCUGCUGAAUCCCUGCUGAGGACUCAGUUCAAGAUGGAGCUGCUCGUUUACUCCCAGGACAAGACCUACAGCAGCAGCCUGACUGAUAUGAAGGAGGAGGAGGAGGAGGAACAAAGGGGUUUAAACAGGAGCAUUGUGUAUGGAUGUGAUAAUUUUGCAACACUUCAAGAACUGAUGGUGCAUCUUAAAUCCUACUACAAAAUUGCUGGCAUGCGUCUGGCUGACCAGAUUCCCCUGGUGAUCCGCUAUCAGAUGUUGCAAGAGGCUGCCACUCAGCUGCAGAGGGAGAUGCUGCAAAUGCUUCAGGACAAGGAGAAUGCAGAGUUUUUGCUGAAGGAAGACUUUGACAUUGGCAACAAAAGGGCAGCUUUGCACAGUCGGCUGAAACGCCUCCUGCAGGCUCGUGCAUACCUGGUGGAGUUCUAG